AUGUCCCCACCGCAACUCAACUCCUCCGCCGCCGGCCGCACCGUCUCGUCCGCCGCGCGCCACCAGCAGCCUGCGUCCUCCCACCUCCUCGCUCAGUCUGCGCCCUCUUUGCCGCAGCUUCAUCUGCUCUGCCCCACUCAACCAAGGAGCUCGCGCACCGGCUGCCACUGCACGAUCUGCGCUGGCGACCGUUUGACACCGCCGCCUCAGCAGCAGCAGCGUGCUACGUCACUUGGCUGGGCGCUGAGGGUGCAGAAGCUGGAGUCGCCAUCGAUGGCGGCCGUGGAGUAG